CAAGCUUUACCCCCCAGAAAGAGCUGCGGCGGACGCGUUAGUGGCAGGUUGUUCUCCAGGGAUGCAGGUGGACAUCAGAGGCCCCGAGUCUUUCUGUUCACGGACACGACAGAAGGAUGACAUGUGAUCACCUGAGCCGACUGUUGGCACUGCUUGUGAUAUUCUGCGCCGCGCAAACAGCUUCCAUGGUCCAAGGCGCGCGAGAUUUCGAAAAGAAAGCCUCCAAGCUGCUGCAAGAGGAGCCAGAAAACCCCAAGUGCUUUGCUGGAGGCAGGAAGGACUUCACGUGUUUCUGGGAGGAAGAUGAGGAGAGAGCCGGUUCUUUGGAUCAGUACUCCUUCACCUACAACUACCAGAAUGAAAACAGCAGCAGGUGUCCGCUCAGGAUCGUCCCUGCAGCAGGCGGGAAGAGGCUCUUCGUCUGCCACCUGAACCGAACCCAGAUGUUCGUCCAGAUGGACAUCCAAGUUCAUCGGGAGGAAAUGCUGAUCCACAACCGCAGCCUUUUCAUCGAGCUUGUCUUUCUUCUGGAUCCUCCUGGAAAUGUGACGGUGAGCAGCACCGGUCAGCAGGGCCAGCUGAGUGUCGGCUGGGUGCCUCCUCCGCUGAAGUACAUGGAGGACAGCAUGAUGUACGAGGUCAUCUACGCUCCCGUGGACCGCCACGUUGGGCAGGUGGAGGUGGCACGAGCCUCCUCAGAACUGAUCCUGAGAGGUCUGCAGUCGGGUACAAAGUACAAGGUGCAGGUCCGGGUGAAGCUGGACGGGAUGAGCUACAACGGGUACUGGAGCGCCUGGAGUGACCCGGUGUUCAUGGAGACCCUGCCGUCAGAACUUGACCCGCUCAUCAUGUCCCUGACCCUCAUCAUCUCCUUCAUCUUCAUUCUGCUGUGCCUUACUAUGCUCCUGUCUCAUCACAGGUUUCUCAUUAAGAAGAUUUGGCCGACUAUUCCAACUCCUGACAGCAAAUUCCAAGGGCUUUUUACCGUUUAUGGUGGGGACUUUCGGGAGUGGUUGGGGCAGACCAAUGGAGGCUUGUGGUUGACUCCAGCUCUAAUCUACUCAGAAGAAUGCCCCUCUCCUCUGGAGGUCCUCUCAGAACUCAGCCUUUGUCCCUCAAUGGCCUCCCCUCCUCUGCCACCCAAGGCCUCCAGAGCUUUGAGCGCUGUGAGAAAGGAGGACGUGAAGACAGAGUUAGAUGAGAGAGAGCCGUUGGAAAGGGGCGACUCAGCUCCGACAGAUGGGUGGAGACCCACGCCACAUGACCACUGGCUGAUGGAGCGCUUACGGGCGCACCACCAGCACCAGGUCCCCCGCUCCCAGUUGUCCCUGCUGGAGUCUCAGGACGCCUACGUCACCCUCAGCACCAACAACCAGGGUGAAGACGGCCUCCUGGAUGACACCUUCGAGGAAGCCGUACCCCUCGAGGUGCUGUUUGCGUCCAGAAAGACGGUGUUGUGCGAGUCUCACUCUGACCUGGGCUCCGUGCAGCAGAGCUCCGGCUCGGGUCGCCUUUCGUCACAGUCCAGCUUUGAGUACCCAAACCAGGCCUGGACGGCAAAAGGCCCUUUGUACACCUACAUGGCGGUGGCAGACUCUGGGGUCUCUAUGGAUUACAGCCCCAUGAGCAGAGCCGACGACAUCGGGAAGGUGGUUAUCUACGCCAACGAGUACAAGAAUGAGAUCCCAGCUCACAGAAGACCUUUCCUGUCGAGGCAGUACCCUGUCCACGAUGAGGGCUGAGCUGGACGGGCUGUAGAUGGACUGACUCUAAAAGCAGGCUCCGUGAAGGCUAUCUGGAUAUUCACCCAAGGCGGCGUAGGCCUUCAUCAACUGUUAAGAAAGGAGCCAAGGAGCUGACAGGUACCAAAGUGAAAGCUAAAGGAUCCACUGGAUGUAUCUGAUCUGUACAGGACACUACCACGACACCGAAAUGGCAGCUGGGAUUUACACCAAAUACUGCAAAGGUUUGCAUGCCGAUGCGUUGAUAUCGUACCUUGCAAACCCCAUCAGGAAUUUACAAUACAAGUUGUGUUUCCACAGUGAUGUAUUCAUAUUUGAUCGAAGUGUAUUUUAAGUUUAAAUGACAGAAUGGCUACGAGGUCAGACACCCUGAAAUGAAGACUGUUAACAAAAACGCUCUGUUGCUGUUCCUCUAGUUUGUGGCUGGUGAUAUUUUAGAUUUUUGUUAUUGUCAACAAAUCUCAUUCAACCAACAAACCAACAAUGAUUUGAUCUUUUUAAGCACCAGUGUAUCCAAAGCCUGCUGUGGUCGAGGAAUCUUCUGUUUAAAAAAUAAUAAUAAUAAAAAUUUGCAAUACUAGAGUGUAAAAGUCCUGCAUUCAAGCCCUUACUUAAAUGCGAAAUUGCUAAAAAUAUACUUUAACAGAUCAGAAAUAUACAUGAAAGUCUGUAUGGCCCAUUUCAGAAUAAUAUAACAUAUCGCUGGAUUAUAACUGUUGAUGCAAUAAUGUGUUUAUCUUCUGUGUGACUCAUUGUAAUUACUGUACAUACUUCUGAGUAGCUUAAUCUAUAUUAACAAGAACAUUUUAUUAGUUGAUUUGUCUUUCAAGUUAAUAAUAUGAAUCACCAAAGUAGUGUAAGUUGUCAAAUAAAUGUUGUAUGGU